AUGGUCGAACAGGAAAAGCGUGAGGAAAAAAUCACGACCGUGGAAAGGCCUUUGAUGCCGUUCACAUGGACAGUACCAGAUGGCGGUUUUGUCAGUCCACAAACGGUACGCUUCACGCUCACUCCGUUUGUGAGCGCUAAGCGCUUUUCGUGCAAUUUGAUGUCUGGAGGCGAACACUUCUUCCACUUCCGAGUCGAUUUCCACAAUGCUAACGAAAAAUCGAGCAAGGAAGCAGUUGUCCGCAACAGUACUCGAGGUUACAAGUGGCAAACAGAAGAGAGACAUGUCACGACUUUCCCUUUCUCUAAAGGCAUCACUUCCGACAUACUUUUCGUAGCUUAUGGAUCGACCGUGGCUGUUGACGUCGAUGGAUCACCGUAUGUCAAGUUCGCGUACCGUAAUGGUGACAAUCCUGCGCAAAUUGACAGGAUUACGGUGGAAGGUGAUUGUGUCUUGCAACGAUUCGUACACAAAGCGUGA